AUGGGCUCCACUGAAGUUUAUGCCCACUUCAUAAAUGGAACUGAUGAAAAAUAUGAUUUGGAAGACAGCACAUACCUAAUUUCAACGAACAUGGACAGAGAAUCUCUCUCUAAGAUGAUUAACGAACUUUUGAAUCUGGAAGCUCCUGUAUCCUUUGACAUUAUCGUGGACAACCAAAGAUUGAGAGAGACUAUCGCAGAGAGAAUGGAAAUGCUUAAGAUUGAAUCUGAGUCUACAAUUCAGCUCGUUUACGUUUUAUCGGUUACCGAGCCUUCAGAAAAACGGUGUGAUGACUUGGAUAGCUGGAUUUCCGGCCUAUCGUACGAUAAUGAUCUUGAUUUGGUUGCCGUUUGUUCAUAUGGUGGAUGUGUGUGCUUGUAUGGAUCGAAAUCGAUGGACAAAGUAUACAGUUUUUCCAGCCAAAGAAUUAAGUCAUCGGUACAUCUUUGCUCUAACGAGCACAUGGGAUACGUUUCUGAACUAGUGUGUGGCCACAUGAACGGCCUCGUUGAGGUUUACAACAUCAACACAAAUCUGGACUACUCGUUCAAUAAUCUUGUGGCAACAAAUGAAGGAUACUCUGAUACGGUGACAUCAGUGGUGACCGAUCACUCCGGAAAGGUUAUUAUAUCAGGUGGUUAUGACAAUUUGAUCACGGUUUACGAAAAUGUUGAUUUGUCUUCCGUAAAACCGAAUGGCUCAAAGUCUAAAAAACGUUCUUUGUCAGAAGUUAUUUUAUCCCAAAUCGCAUCCUUUGAUAAACACAAAAAGCCUGUAACGAAAUUGAAAUUCUCGUCCAGUAAAAGAUUUUCACUAGCAUCCUCGUCAAUGGAUGGGUCCUUGUGUUCAUGGGACCUUAAUAAAAAGGAAGCCGUAUCAUCGCAUGAGACUGGAAAGGCGUUGACUUGCUUCGACUUUUCGCCAAACGGAAGCUGUGUGUGCACUGGCAGUGUGGACGGAAGCUUGACAGUUUGGGACCUGAGGUCGAACGAAGAGGGCGUAACCAUCAACGGAGAUUCCGGAAGUGGCUUAAACUUGCUGAAAAAGGCGUCGUCAAGGCCCUUUGACCGUUUGGUCAGUGACGUCUCAUGGAAUCAAUCAGUCAACCUUGUGUCGGCAGUUGGUCUGGAUGGAAGCGUUAUUCUGGUGGAUGUCAGAUCCCCAAAGUUUCCGCUCCAGAAGACACUGUGUGAACAUAAGGGAGACCUGGAUAGAGUAACCUGCACAGUAUGGACUAGUCAAAACGCCGUAGUUUAUACCACGGCCGCAGGUCUCGUAAACAAGUUAUUUUACAAGGAAAUAUAG